AUGGCUUUACGAUUGGAUGAACUGAAAGCGCCGUGUGUUGAUUUUGGAAAUGGUAUCGAGCUUCGCUUCAACCUGGAGGAGUUCACGGUCGAGGCUGCAAAGGAAAAGGCCGCAAAAGAGCUUCGCGAAACACCGGAUGUGGUCGAGGCGAGCAUGAACGAGCUUCGCGAGCUGAUUCGCCAGGAAAAGCGCCUGCAUGUGCCAGUGGAUAAUGACGCCUUUUUGAGACGCUUUCUACGCCCAAAGAAAUAUUAUCCAACCAGUACCAUGGAAAUGAUGAAGGCGUUCUAUAAAAUGAAAUCGAAGGACAACUUUAUUCUGGAUCAUUUGACUACGGAAUCAAUCAAGCGUGCACUUGAUGAUCGGGUGGUGCAGAUUUUGCCAAAGCGAGACCAACACGGACGGCGAAUUUUGUUCAUGGAAAUGGGAGCAAAGUGGAAUUGCUCGAAAGUGCCGUCACUGGAAGUGAUUCGAGCGACUAACAUGCUCAUGGAGGCGGUUGGCCGAGAGCCGGAAACUCAGCUAAACGGCAUAGUUUUCAUCAUCAACUUCGACAAGCUAUCGCUCUCCCACAUUAGCCAGUUUCCACCUAUGUUCGUGAAAAGUAUCGUCGAUCACGGCCAGAAGAACUCGCCCUAUCGCGUCAAGGGCAUACAUAUUGUCAACAACGCACGGAUGUUUAACAUUAUGUUUAAAAUAUUCAAGCAAUUCAUGGGAAAAAAGUGGAGCCAACGGAUAUUCCUUCACGGGAUUGAGUUCAAGAAGCUGCACGAACACGUUGAUGAAAGUCUGUUGCCCUCAUUUCUGGGAGGAACUUAUGAGAUACCGGAGUAUGAUGGAGCUGUAAUCGGAGAGUUGCUGGAUUGUUAUAAAGAACAAUUUGAAGAAGAGGACCAGUACGGAUAUCUUCCUGAAGUAAAGCAAUCAUAA